AUGAGCAAGUCUGGCAUCAGCUCGCCUUCAUCCGGCAGUCAGGGAGGACACAGCGAGGGUGAAAGGUGGGCAGAGAGACGGAAGAAAGAGCAAGCGCCACAGAAGGCGGGAGCAAGCUUGAAACUUUCCUUCGGCUGCCUCACGACGGCAGGCGAACGCCAGCGGGGGAUGACGGGUGGCUCGUUUUCAGCGGCGCGGUUAUCGGUGUGACGCUCGCAGCGCUGCUGACAGGAUCGAAGCCGGCGGCGUCUUCUCGUCUUCACUUCGGGCUCCCUCAACGGACUUGCCGACCGCUCUCUCUCGCCUCCUCCUGCCCGUCUUCCACGCAGCCUCAUCUUCCUCUUACUGAUGAGCCUGAGAGUGAAAGACCCCCGCUGAUAGAGGUUCCUCUCUGUCAAGACAGUGCCAUGUGCAGUUGGCCGGGGCGCCCCACGGCAGCAGUGCUGCCCCGCAUCUGGCGGGAAGCGCUUCCCCUUGCACAUUCUCCAGGGCUCCGCCGGGAAUCUUUUCUGGGAUUUAUCUCAUCCUGCUGGAUGGCAGUGAGCUCCCUGCUUCUCUGAAAGAAGAGUCCGCAUAGAAAACCACACACCGCACGGAUAAGAAGUAAAAUAAUUAUCCAAUCACUGCAUGGGGAGGCAGUCCUGGUUUCCUUAGCAACAACUGAGAGAGAAAGAAGAGAGUCGUUUUCUCUUUUUGCUCUUUUGGGGUUUUUUUGUUGAGGGAGGGGGGGGCACAGCCUUGUGGACUGCUGUGGGUAUCAAGUGCCACCCAGAUUCUAGGACAAGUCGGUCCGUUGCCUCCCCUAUAACUGCGUCUCAUCCACCGUGAUUUUUGUUGUUGUUCUCACCACGAGUCACGUUUCGUAGGCUUAGGAAUUCAUUCAUCCUGAUACUACACCACCUGGAAUAAAUCCUUCUUUUGGGAAGGAAGAUUGGAUUCUCUAGGAAAAUACCUGCCCCGGUCCACCAAUCCUCCGUCCUGAAAACAACUGAAAAGAAAUGAUCCAAAAAGAAAUGGGGAUCUGAAGUUUAUUUUGACAUGACCACUGACGUCUCUCAUCAUUUUCAGUUGGGAUGAAAAGGAAUAUCAAUUUUUUCAUAGCCAACAGCAAGCUCCCUCACAAAAUCCAUAAAAGAAGACAAUCAUCUGGGAAGUUGUAUUUUUCUAUCUCUAGAAGAGUGGAUAUUUAUCAACUUUUAUAAUGGUGGUAUGACACAAUGUUGCUCUGUUUUUCAAGUGCAAAAGGCAAAAGCUCUUUCCCAAGUAUAGAACAGUGUUUUAAAUAGCAUCUCCUCCAGAACCAUUUCAGUUGUACACACUGACACAUGAGAUGAGUUGGCUCAGUUUGAUUAUGUAAGAUUUUUUUUUUUUUUUUAUUAUUCCAGCCUCGGCACAUUUUUUGCCUCUUUUUUUCCAUGGAUUUAUUGUGUUUGAGUUUUCCUGUGCUCUCUUUCUCCCUGAUUUCGGAUGGACGUCAUGGCUGCCAGAGACUGACCUUCUGCCGAGUGUGCAGGCGAGGAAAGGCGUUUUGGUCGUCCAGGUGCUUUUAAGAUGUUGAGGUCUCCCUGCGUGGCUGGGGCCCCUGUUCGGAUCAGUAGCACUGAGGCUCCUCGUAGCCAAAGACAUGGACCCCGACUCGGCUCCCCCACGCCCUCAGCCCGUUGGCCACUGGCCCCACGUCACCUUGUGAAGGAUGUCCCUCAGCAGAGCUCCGGCCCGGGACACCGCUGAGACCCCCAGCCCGAGAGAACGCAUCCGCAGCCACAUGAAGAUGGUGAUCGACCAGCUGGAAGGAAUUCUAAGAGAGCUCAAGGAUGUGGCCAAGGAACUUCGGGAGGUGGUGGGCCAGAUCGAUAAACUGACAUCAGACUUUGACUUUGACCUGGAUCCAGAUGACUGGACGGUGGCGACAGCGAGCAGCACGUCCAGCAGCGAGCGUGGCCUCGGGGAAGCCUUCCGCCUCGACUUCCUCAACGCUGACGUGUUGUCCGACAGCUGGGAGUUCUGCGGCUACCUGGAGUCUGCCAGCGGGGCUUGCGCCCGGAUGUCCAGCGAGCUACCGAUGGGGUACUACCCUCGAGCGCCCCCAGGCCGCGGGACCAUACCCACCCAGACGCCCACCCUGCCCCCGAUGGCCACCGCCUCUGUCUACUCACAGAUGAACGGCGGGCUGCCCAUCCCCAACGGGCCGCGCAUCAUCACUCCGGAUUCAUCCAGCGAAGAGGCUAGCAGCUCCACACACAGCCACAAGACAAGGGAGAGGGUCCGAUUCAGUGACAAGAUCCUCUACCAUGCCUUGUGCUGUGACGACGACGAUGAAGAGCAGCAGGAGGACCUACCAGACGACAAGAGCGGCCGUGGCACGCCUGACAGCGACAGUGAGGCAAGCCUCCUGGCUGAGCCGCUCACCCCCAAACGUUCUUCCUCUGAGCACUCGCUCCUCCACAACUGCCUCGACCCCUCUUACGUUCCCCCGUCAGCGAGAAGCAUGACGGGAGCGCACACGUUACCCAGGAAAGGCCUCCUGAACCCCGGCUGCCGCAAAAAACUGCUCAGAAACAGCAGCACACAAACUGUGUCGGAUAAGAGCACCCAAACUGUACUGCCCUAUAUUCCAAGCAAACAGAAAACAAAGGAGUACUGAGCCAGCCGGAACCUCCCUCCGUUUAUCAUUCAGCUCACCACAAGGACUGUGCAUUAUUUAAUAUUUAAUACAUAGUUCAUAGAUUAAUACAUAAAUAAAUCGAUUACUAAAUAAAGAAAUGAUAUAUGGGAAAAAAAUCAUUGUGCUCCCUAAAUUGAUUCCAAAACUCAUUUAAUCUUGGUUACGGAAGUGAAUUUCAGGCACUAUCUCCUAAACCCUGCACCAUAACUCAUAACCCGUACACUAAACCAUAACCCCGAACCUUGGUUCAAACCCAUA